UCGAUACAAACGUCGUAUCACAUACCAUAUCGUAGCAUCGUCACUUGUAUGGUGAAACCUUCCACCAUGGUCACUUGUCACCUGAGCCAACCGCAGCUGAUCACGACGUCACAUGAUCGACGACGAGAAAUGUACGUCCGAUGUUAAAAGAUGAUGAAUCGCAUGCGAUGAUGCUUCCAAAUGAGGUCCUGUCGUAGACGAGAUAAUCAUCCGACGUGAAAGAGACGUCACGAAACUCUGACGAGUGUAAUUCUUAUCAUCCCAUACGAUCCAGAGAAAAUGUACUGCCUACAGUGGCUGAUCCCGGUGCUGCUGAUACCGAAACCCGUGAACCCAGCGCUGCUGCAAACCCACGUCAUGUUCAUGGCACUUUAUCUGAUUGGGUUCUUCCUGGAGCGCAAGCCCUGCACUAUCUGCAGUCUCGUGUUCCUCGCCGCUGUCUUCCUCAUUUGUUACAGUGGAAUAGGCAAUUGCCUGCUCUGGAGCACAAAUUGUGACACAGUAAGAUGCGAUAAUGGCUAAGAUCAUGCCAACUGUGUUUAACUCAAUCAUAUUUAGAGAAUUAUCCUCUUGUCUUUUCCAUUGCGUGUGUACACGAGUGAAUUUUUGCCAUUCUCUUCCUUUUUCUCUCCAUACUCUGGCAUAAUACACGAAAGUAGCUUUUCAAUCCGUAUUUUGCUAGCAUCUGUUUUGCCCAUAUUGUGAAAGCGAUGCCUUUAGUAUUUAGGUUUAACAAGUUUAGAUUUUCAAAUUAUCAAAAUUUGAGUCUAAUGUUCUAUAACAUCAUGUUUUAUUGAACAUUUUCAUGCUAAAUUUAUGUAGAGUUCAAAUUUUGAAAUUUUAAAUAAGCAAAAAUGUGAUACGAUGUAUUUGAUGAGAUUCAUAUAUAGUUUGAGUUUGGUCACAAUUGUUGAGUGGAGUCAAGUAAAUUUUCAGAUUUUAACGUUAUGUAGUCUUUUU